AUGUCACUUUAUUUCGACACGCGUGUACAAAAUCCAGAAACAGCUUCGAUAAGUACUCACUCGAUUUGGCACGCCAGUUAUCCUUUGCUGGCUGUUGCCGCGUAUUCUCAGGAUAAGGGUGGUUUUGUAACAAUUUAUGAUGAUCAGGGAGAGCCUAUUCAGGAUGUCGAGUCACCUAGACAUUCAGUAGUUCAGGUGACUGCUAUUGGAUGGCAUCCAGAGAGAAGGUGGCUUGCUGCAGGAUGGGAAAGUGGAGAACUGAGGGUAUGGCCAGGUGACACUGGUAGCAAUGAAUUCAACUUGGUAGUCACUCCACAUCGUGAUCCCAUUACAAUUCUACAAUGGAGCCAGCAUGGAGGAAGAUUAGUAUCUGCAGAUUCAGCUGGAUCUAUAAUUGGCUGGAAAAUUGACUCAAGGGGCCAAUUAUUAAUGACAUUUCAUCAUGAACUGAAAGAUUCCUUUGCACAAAUAGUAUUCAAAACUAUUCCACCAAAAACAAUGAUGGAUAUAAACGGAUUAGCAAAGGCAGCAGUUGCAGGGGAUGAACGAGCAUUAGAUAUGUUCAGCACUUGGCGUCCCAGGACAGCCGCGCCGACAACAGUUUUAACUCAAAGAGAUAAUCAUGCUUUUUAUAUUGGCACUAUUAGUGGUGUGAUAUACUUUGUUGAUAAUCAGGGACAAUGUACAGAAAUUCUUAGUACAAACGGCGCGGCAUUGCAAUUCCUGUUGCACCAUCAAACUAGAGAUUCUUUAAUUAUUAUGACAGAGGGUUUAAAUAUAGGGCAUUUUCAAGCAGACCCAAUUACCGGGCGACUCACCGAACUAACGAAAGUGAAACUUAGCAGUAGAUUUGAUGUAUCAAGAACUGGCCCAUCAAUGUGUUGGGCUGGUGCAAACACUUUAGCGAUUCUUACAGGAGAAUUGGGUGUUCGUUGUUGGGAUCUUCAUACCGGCGAUAGCUACGUAUUGACUCCGCCAGACUCAACUACUGGAAAUAUCGCUAUGCCACAAGAAAUUUGUACAAGCAUAUCUUUUUGUAAAAACAACGGUACUUUGGCUGCUGGAACAAACUUGGGAACAAUCUAUCUAUGGAAACGCAAAGUUGAACUGGACAGUGAUGAAAAUAUCUGGCCAAAUGUACCAGAAUCUUGCAGCAUCCACGGAACAGUAAAACAGCUUACAUGGGGCGCUAGUUUACUAAGAAGUCCGCUUCUAGCCGUGAAUUGUAUCACUAACGUUUUCAUAUUACACCAACAACCAAUGUGCGCUACCUACAACGAUGGCGUUUGCGCUAGUCAAGUCAGUCCCACACAGAUCUUAAUGGAAACGGACGAAUUGAGUCACAUACUGAAAAUUGACAUUCAAGUACAAGUUGUCGCUGUUAACAAAGAAUACAUCGCAGUUUCUUCUGGUAGACAAGUGGUGAUCUAUAGAAUCCACAAGGAUACUACUUUAAACACUACAGUAAUUACCAGUUUCAGUUGUGACACCGAGAAACUAUUGAUUUAUGAUCACACUCUGAUUAUUUUGACUCCCGCAGUAAUACAAUUACGAUCAAUGGAGGGCACAGUUAUUCAGAUGUUACCCGCGUUACCAGAAGAAGGUGAACCAAUUACUAUGGACCUAACUAGACAGUAUUUAACAGUUGCGUCUCUGAAUGGUACCUUAAAAAUCUGGGAUUUGAGCAAACGAGAGGCAAAGUUGCAUACCAGAGCAAUGCCAACUUACGAAGCAAUCAGCGACUUUGCUGAAAUCAUUGAAGCAAGAUGCAAUACAGAUUGUCGUUGCGUGUCCAUCACCGUCGCCAUGACAAACUUGAUGCCUAGUUCGAUUCUUUACGUCUGGGAUAUAGAAAGUGAUCAGAUACACGAAUUCGAUUUUGCAAAGUCUAACGACAUAGAUGAAGAGGACAAUUCUUUGGCUGUAAAAUGUAGAGGAAGAUUGGUCACUGCUCAUUGUUGGGACGUAGAAGAUCCUAGACUACUAGUAUGUCGUGCUCAAAAAUUAGAUGCAAGAGACUCGAAGCAUUCCUCGAAGCAAAAUAACGAAAAUGAGUACGAUGUUUCAAAGGUUAGCGUGGUUUUGGUAUCAGUAUUUGCUACAUCGGAUCAUGGAAUUGUCGUACAGGACAUAAAACCGAUAAAAGAUGAGAACUGUAGAGUGUUGGGUGUCCAUGCCCCGUAUAUCAUCAUUCUGAACUCUGAAAAAGUUGCAGAGAGAAUGAGUAAAGUAAGAAAAUUACUCAUGAGAGACUUUGAAGAACUUGGUGAGUGUGAUGUUGCCACGAAGAAAGCUGUAUUGGAUUUCAGUUUCCAUAUUAGCGUUGCUAACAUGGACGAGGCCUUCAAGGCGAUAAAGUCCAUCAAGAACGAAGGUAUCUGGAAGAGUCUGGCCCGAAUGUGCGUAAAAACGAAGCAAUUAAACAUGGGUCUGUUGUGUUUGGGUCAUACGAAACAGGCCAGAGCUGCCAGAGCUCUCAGAGAAGCUAUGCAAGAUGACAGUUUAAAUCUGGAAGUCAAAGUGGGAGUAUUAGCUGUUGAGUUGGGAUUGUAUAACGAUGCUGAACGUCUUUUCCGCGAAGGAGAACGGUUAGACUUGUUGGGCAAACUUCUCGAAGCUCGUAACAAAUUCAAAGAAGCUAUAGAGUUGGCUAAAAAUGAAAAUAAAAUUCGCGAGAAGACGAGUUACUAUAAUUACGCGAAAACUCUCGAGCAAGAGGGAAAAAUUACAGAAGCUAUAGAGAUGUAUACCAAAGCGGAGUGUUACAGGUUCGAGGUACCAAGGAUGCUUCUAGCAAUACCCAGAGAACUACAAACUUAUCUGAAUAAUUCUGAGGAUCCAGAGAUUAAAAAUUGGCACGCUCAGUACAUUGAAUCAACAGGAGACAUGGAGGGAGCUUUACAGUUGUACGAACAGGCCAAGAAUACUUUAGCAAUGACAAGAUUACUGUGUUAUUUUGGCAGAGAAGACGAAGUCAGCGACUUGGUAUCGCAAACGAAUCAUGCUGCCUCUGCGUAUCACCUAGCUGCACAUUACGAGUCGAAGAACAAUAUGGCCCAGGCUAUUCAUUUCUACACUAUCGCUAAAGCCUACACGAAUGCAAUUCGUUUAUGUAAAGAGCACGAUAUGUUUGAGGAAUUAUGGCCUUUAGCUAUACUGGCUCCAAGGCAGUCGCAGAUAGAUGUUGCAAAGUACUACGAAGAGAACGAUCAACCGGAUAAAGCAGUCUUGUUAUACCAUAAAGCUGGUCUUUUACACAAGGCUAUGGAUAUCGCCUUCAAAACGAAACAAUACAGUGCCUUACAGCUCAUUACCAUGGAUGUCAACGCGGAUUCUGACCCUGCCUUGAUAGAGAAGUGUGCAGAUUACUUUGUUCAAAAUGAUCAGAUCGAGAAGGCAGUGGACUUGUUCGCCACAGGAAAAAAAUACUUGGAAGCACUGGAACUGAUACAGAAACACAAUAUUCAGUUAUCCGAGGAUCUGGCAGAAAAGAUGACACUGGACAAAGUCGACAACGACGUGGAACAUGAGAAAAAGAGAAUCUCUAUUUUGGAAAGGAUAGGGGAAAUUGCAUUUGAACAAGGGAACUAUCAUUUAGCAACAAAGAAAUUUACUCAAGCUGGUAAUAAGCUGAGAGCCAUGAAGGCAUUGCUGAAAUCUGGUGAUACAGAGAAGAUCUGCUUCUUUGCUCAAGUUUCUAGACAGCGUGAGAUCUACAUAAUGGCUGGAAAUUACCUACAAUCGUUAGAUUGGCAGAAUCAACCAGAAGUACUGAAGAAUAUUAUCAAUUUUUAUUCGAAAGGAAAAGCAAUGGAUCUGUUAGCCAAUUUCUACGUUGCUUGUGCACAAGUUGAAAUCGACGAGUUUCAGAAUUAUGAGAAAGCUUUAGAUGCUCUGAAUCAAGCUAGUAGAUGUCUUGCUAAAGUGGUUACUCCAAGAGAUCCCGAUAUUCACAGGAGAUCUGUCGAAUUGGUGAAUAACAGAAUAGCAAUUAUCAAGCGGUAUUUAGAUAUCGUAAAGUUAUUCGAUAGGGGUGAAACUGGUAUCGCGAUGCAACAGGUACGCCAAUUGCUAGAUACUUAUGGAUCAGACUUGGAGCAAUCGGUUCGUCGUGGUGAUUUGUUCUCGACUAUCACUCAGCAUUAUCUCAAUGCUGGCGAAACUGACCAAGCACGCGCCACCAUAAAGGAAUUGAAGCGUUUAGUACCUGGAAUUAAUCUGACUUAUUAUUACAACGUGGAAGUAUUGGAGGCGCUCGGUUUUAAGAGGAUCCUUCAACGAGAAGAAAGUUCCGACAAGGAAGAUGAUAUCGAAGAAUUGUUAGGUGAAUAG